GUCUGAAUGCCUGCUAUGUUUCUUACUGCUUGCCACGGAACUGGAAAAUGUUCAGCCACUUAUGCUGGGGCGGGACAUUGUCUGCCCAAAAUAAUCCAGGUAGCUUUUUCACAAGUAAAUUAUAGGAAUGUAGUUUCACAAUUGUCUAGGAAGUUUAUUCCGCUGAUCAUCUUACAUUUUGCCUACUCUCUAGAUCGUUACUUAAUAUUUGUGAUCACAGCUGAUAGUAAUAUAACUGUUAAAUGGUUUUUUCUGUUGAAGAAAUUUUGGUUUCUUUAGAGGAUGUUUGCUAGUUAAAGGGAUUGCGGCGGUGAUCUCUGGCCUCACUUUGUGUGAUGUUAUUUCAGAAUUUCCCCCGUUGCGUCCUUCAGUGCUUCCGGCAUAUUGUGUCAAACUACUAGCUAGAUUGUGAAGUAAACUUCAGGCAAGUCCACGCCCUGAACAAGGAGCUAUUUCUGCUCGCCUUGAGAGCGCCUUUCCCUGCCUCUUUUGGCUUGCAAGUUCAGAGCAGGUCUCGGAGAGAGGCGCUCUUCCCGCAGGCCGGAUCCUGCCCUCGCACAGGGUUCUGAAUAGGGAGGCGCGGACCAGUUUCUUCGGAAGUGCGGACCCUCGGGCUUCCCAAGAGAACUUCCUCGGGCUCUUCGGAAAGCUCAGCCUGUGUCGCCCCCCCCCGGGAAGCGCUCCUGCGAAGUAGCCGCGGCGGCGGGAGGAUCCCUUUCCCGAGCGCUUGGCCGCGCGGCUGGCCGGGUCUCUGCGAGGGGGAGCGACGGGGCGCGAGGAGCCCGGGCGCCGCCAGGAAGGAAGGAAGGCAGGAAGGAAGGAAGGGGCGGCAUCUCGGCUGCUCGCCUUGGUCCUUCUCGGGUAGGCUUCCCCGCGCCCCGCCCGCCCGCCUCUCGGGUCUCCUUUCCCGGCCAGAGGCCUCCGGGCCCGGCGACGGAGGCGAGAGCGCGCUUGCUCUGGUGCGCGGCCCCGGGCGGAGGGCGAGGAGGCGCUUCCUUGCCGGCGGAGCUGGGGCUUGUCAGCGCCGGGCGCGCGCACCUGCCGCCCCCCCCCCGCCAUGUUUCUUCCCCGGCUCCCGAAGAGCCCGAGCGGCGGGCGGAGGACGGCGCCCGGCUCGCCUUCCUGCUUUGCUACGGUAUCCGCCCGGCAGCCGGCGCUUCGCCACGGCUCCCUCCGCGCCCGCGUCCAGUCUGGGAGGAAAUACAAUGGAAAGGAAGGCACCUGGGGCCUCAUGGGAACCGGGCUGGUCGCGUGUUUGGUGUUUUGCUGGAUGCGGCUGUUGCCCCACUCCUCUAAUUCCACGUUGCUUUCAUCAGCCCAUAGGGAAAAGAUGCAGCCCCACUGAUGGUUGCUGAAAAAGCAUGCUCACUGUAUUUUAAUUAAAAUAACUUGUGGACAGAGCUACUAUUGCUGAAAGCACCUCUAUUGAAACAGGCUUCUCACGGACUGGAGCAGGAAAGGAAAAGGAGAGGAAGGGAAGGGAAGGGAAGCGGACACCUUUCAUGCGGGCAAUUCCAAAUCCUUGCCUGACUUGGAGCAACUCCCAUUGGACACAAUUCGGAAACUUCCAUUGCUCCAAAAUGCAGCAGCCAGAUUACUGGCUGGGGUUCCACGCAGACCCCCUGUAACUCCUGUUUUGGUUGCUAUUUUGUUUCAAAACCCAAUUCAAGGUGCUCAGAUUAGUGUUUAACUCCCUAAACCAGGGGUCUGCAACCCGCGGCUCCGGAGCCGCAUGUGGCUCUUUUACACCUUUGCCGCGGCUCCAGGGUGGAUACUAGCGAGGGGAGGAGGCGCAUUGUGUGCCCCGACACUCCCCACUGUGGCAGGCGCUGUACUGGCUGUGACGUCGCAUGGGGGUGGUGCGUGCGUUAGUCAUGCACCGUCCCGACAUCACCUUCCCGCCCGCUGUCAGAUCGCGGCUCCGGAGAUAUAUUUGUUUUAAAUGUCGCAAUGGUUUUGCGGCUCCCAGUUUUUUUUUCUUCGGAAAUGGGUCCAAGUGGCUCUUUUUGUCUUAAAGGUUGCAGACCCCUGCCCUAAACCAUACAGCCCCAACAUAUCUGAAAGACCGCUUCCUUCCCUCCUACAAACCCUCUUGGGUGCUCAGACCGGCAGGGGGAGCCCUCUUGGUAGUUCCAGCACUCUCCAGACUCUCAGCGGGGGCUUGGGAGAGGGCCUUCUCUGUGGCAGCCCCCAAGAUGUGGAGCUCCCUCCCUACAAAGGUACAUCUGGCGACCUCAUUAUACAGGUUUCUGUAAAUGCUGAAUGCUUACCCAUUGACACCUGAGAUGUAUAUCUGCAGGCCCCAUCUUAUUUUUGGUAGUUGCAUUUUUAAUUGUAAGUUUUUAAACUGCAUUUUAAAUUGUAACUUGCCCUGGGACAAUACAGUGAAGGAUGGGUAAGAAAGUAAAAUAAUGAGAGCAAUGAUAAUACUGAUAGUAACCAGUAAUAAUAAUAAUGUAUUUCUGUCCAUUUCUGUAGCUGGCAAACCAUCUUGUUCCUUAUACAAUUUUUCACAGUGCUGACCAUGUGAUGUAUAUGUCCCAUUUCUUAAAUUUCCUUCCUCAGAGUCUGACUGAAUAUCAUGGCUUCUGGGGAUGCUGUGGAGAAGACCGUGAACACAUCUUCCACGUAAGAAGUGAAUCAAGUGCUGUUUAAUAGGUUUAGGUAUAAAUUGCCUCACAAAUUGUGGGAGGGGGGAGUAGGGGGACAUUGCUUUCAAACUUCCAUUAUAUUGCUAUCACUCAAGUGGGGGUGGAUAAGACAGGACGUGGGACAGGGACAUCUGCUUGCUAUUGUGCCCUUUCUUCAAUUGCUCCACCUGCUCUUAUACUUACACUUACUUGACUUUCAAGUAACCUUUAAGAACAUGAUUUAUUGCUGCGAAACCUUUGUUUUUAAGAAAUCUUGUCUUAAUUGCCUUCUAAAUAACAAUCAUGCAGUUGUGCCCAUAGAAAUGUAAUUCUGCAAACAGCAGAUCAAUGAAUUAGGGAAUUUUGCACAUGAGGGCUAGAAAGUGUUCAGGCCUUUGUUUGAAUGGAUGUGGAAGAAGCUGUGGGAUUGUGCCUGCGAGUCUUACACCUUAGUGCAAUCUGUGUAAUGUCUGAAAGCACCUACAUGCAUAUUAACUAUGUACACACAGAUCUCCCAUACAUCACGUUGUGUGUGCAUAGAGAGCAUGGUCAGCGGGCGUGACGGGUAUAAUCCUGCUCCCUCAUCACUCUGCAUUCUGAAGGGUAGCUACAAGAAAGGAGAUCCCAACUAAACCACCCCACAACACACAAGAUGCCUCUGAAAGGAAAAUAAGCAAUCUUUACUAAUUUUGAGAUGCUGAACACAAAAACAAGCGGGGUGGGUGGGAUCUCUUGAUUGGUUCCUGUUUAGAAGAUACAAAGAUGGUCAUGCAUAAGCAACUCACGCCACACUGAGUACAGAAUUUCAUUUGGUAACACUGCAUUUCAAGCUUCUGGUUGCGACAUACGGUGCCAUCUUGCACCAGCUCAUCAGGUACACCAGGACCAAUGGCAUGCAGCUGAGUAGUGCAGUUGAGUCAUGACAUUGUGGCUUUAUGAUUGCAGUGUGGCGUAAUGGUUAGAGUGUUGGACUAGGACCUGAGAAAGCUGGGUUCGAAUCCCUACUCAGCCAUGAAGCUCCCUCGGUGACCUUGGAGUCAGUCACCAUCUUUUAGCCAAACCUACCUCACAGGGUUGUUGUGAGGAGGAAAUGGGGAGGAGGAGAACCAUGUCAAUAAUAAUAAUAAUAAUAAUAGUGGUAAAUAAAUAACUAAGCAAUCAUUAGGCUACUCUCCCAUUUACCCUGCGUCACAAGUGAUCCCUGCAGUGUAAAUCCACCUGUAGUGAGGCCUCGUAAAUGUGUUAAUAGUGCAGAUAACUUUUGUUACAUUUGCGGGGAAGUGACAUCUGCAAGCCAGAAAAAAGGCCAUCACUCCAAUGGUGAAAAAUGCAUAUCAGCUUUAUUCUGGAUGGCGACAGAACGAACUCCAGCCCAUCUCCUUCCCUUCUCCAAUCUGGCUGGUUCCUUCACUGAGUCCCUGGGCAGGCUCAGCUGAGUUAGGUGGGCCCAACUCCACUCUUGGUAAUACGAUAUGUGAGACAAUUCUAAACAUUCAAGGCUGUGAUCCAGAAGAAUCCUAAUUGUCCAGACAUUAUACUUGUUGGCUUGUUUAAAGAUGCUUGUUCUGCUGCUAUAAAUUCAUACUAAGUUUCUCCCUUCUUUUGACAGGGAAACCCCCAUUCGUGUCCCAAAUCAACAUCUUGAGAAGAUGAGUGAUGACAUCCUGUACCAUUUUGCUCUGGGGACUGGCACCCAUGACUUCCCUGCCUUGUUUGGAGAUGUAAAGGUUUGGAGAUGUAAAUGGUGCUGGUGACAACAAGGUCGCAGGGUUGAUCCCCAUGUGUGGCAGCUGCAUAUUCCUGCGUUGUCUAGUGUGAAUUGUUAAAAGGUGUCUUUGUAGCAUGAACAGGCUUUUCAUAUUUCUAUUUUUUAAAUGUUUUUAAAAAUGCAUUGUUAAAUAUUUCCAUAGUUAAUAUUCUUACAGUUUCCUCUCUUUGAUCUUGCCUAGUUUGUGUGUGUUGGAGGAAGCCCUUCGCGAAUGAAAGCUUUUAUUACCUACAUAGCUGAAGAGCUGGGAGUUGGCAGCCCAGGCCAGGACUACCCCAAUAUCUGUGCAGGAACCGAUCGUUACGCAAUGUACAAAGCAGGGCCUGUGCUAUCCAUCAGUGUAAGUGGGCCAGAUAUUUGUGGGCAUGCAAUACAUUGUCUAUCAAUUAAAACUGAAUUUUCUCUUUUAAAAAUAUCUCUAAAUGAUCAUUAAUGCAUUAUUAGAUUAGAUUUGUAUAUAUACAAACUGCAUAUGUACAAUUGACAAAGGACACAGAACUGUGGGCUAAUGGGGGCUUUGGGCUUGUGCUUUGUGUUCCUCUGGAGCAGCCUUUCUCAACCUGUGGGUCCCCAGAUGUUGUUGAACUACAACUCCCAUCACCCCUAGCUAGCAAGGCCAGAGCUCAGGGAUGAUGGGAGUUGUAGUCCAACAACAUAUGGGGACCCACAGGUUGAGAACCAUUGCGGAGGCUCCAGGACAGGGCAGCCUCUCACAGUGGAGAGGUUCCUUCCUUUGGCUUCCAGGCAGAAACUAAAACCAUCCAAGGGAGCUUUCUGGCAUGCCCAAACUCAGCACUAAGCAGGAACACUCCUCCCCUGUCAGGAGAUGGGUGAUCCUUAGCGCUGGGCUCAGGAAAGCAUUCAGAUGUGCCAAUCAGCUCCCUGCAGAAUGCUGUUGCGCCCAAACUCAGCGCUGAAUAACAGAGAAAAAUCUCUUCCCUUCCCUUUUAAGCACAAUCAGUCUUAAAGAGGAAGAGGAACAAUGAUCACAAGAAAUUUUGCAUGUAAAACACAUAUUAGUUACUAUCUCAUCACAUUUUCUUAAUGGUAAAAAUGGAAAAAAGAAAAGAAUAAAGUUAAAGAAUAUAGAUUUUUCUUUACAUUUGUUGAGAUGGAAAAAAGCACAUGUUUUGUGGUCAACAUUACACACUAAACCAAUGUACAUUUUAUUUUCCUAAGCUCAUCUGAUUUUCCUCCUAACAUAAAAUGUCUUGUCAGUUCACCAAAUGAUAAGGCAAGGCUAUCAGUACACUAAAGGGUCAUUAACCUGUUCUUUAUUUUCUUGCAGAGGUGCUUAACUGAGCUUCAGGGGGCGAAAUAGAGAAAUCCUGAGUCACCUUGCAUGUCAUACUUCUGAUUGUUUUUAUUCACAUGUAAAAUGCUAUUGUGAAAACCUGUUGCCAAAUGAUAAAAUUUGGGGAAAUAACUUUAAAAUUAUAUAGAACAUGCUAAUAAUAUAAUAAAAUGAAAAAUGAGCGUAUUGACAUUUUCAUGGAAUUACCCAGGAAUCCAUGAAAAUAUUCCCAAAUUAAUUUACAGGUGGCAUGUUACACCCAUUAAAUUGAGUGAUAUACGGAUUAUAUACGGAUUGAGUGAUAUACAAAGAAUGCUGGAGAGGCUAUAACACAAAAGGAACUUUCUACCACUUGUGGUGGGAUUGCUCUACAGUCAAUCAAUUUUUGCGAAAGGUAUUUGAGGAAAUUGGCAAAGCUGAAAGCUUCCAUAGUUGUGUUGCUAUUUCUGUUUGAUAAUCAAUAUGCUGAUAUACCUUACAAGGUUUUUGAUAGCUUUCAUGUUAGUGACGGCUUACCAACUGAUUGCUAAACACUGGGGAAAUGGCCUAUUUCUAGAUGGUGCACUAACCUUUGGCAAAUGGUCCUGGCUGAGAAAUUAACAGGUAGAUUAAAAGCUCUGAAGGGUUUAAAUAAAAUUGCCUUUGAUGAUGCAUGAUGUUGCUUUCUUGCUGGUGUGAAUAAAUGUAGCCACACUAUAGCUCCUCCACUUUUAGGAGAGACUCUUUUAGUUAAUAUACUUGACUUCACAUUGUACACUCUUGCAACCGCAAGUCUCUUUAUCAUUAAUAUUUGCUACUAUGGUUAUCUGCAGACUGUAUUUUGAAAAUCUCCGAAUAAAAAAUGGCUUUAGUGCAAUAUUUUCUUUCAGGAUAAAUGCUUUGCUCGCUUCCUGCUUCAAUGCUUCAAUAUAAUAGAAGGUUGUAACCAUCAAAAUAGUUAUUUUCUUCCUUUCCCACAUCCCCACAAUAACCUAGAACAGAAUGAUUUAUUCACUAUGGAUUUUCCCCACCCCCACUUUUUCCAUUUCAGCAUGGAAUGGGGAUUCCUUCCAUUGCGAUCAUGCUGCAUGAACUCUUCAAGCUGCUGUGUCAUUCCAGGUGUUCCAAUGUAACCAUUAUUCGUAUCGGCACAUCUGGGGGAAUAGGUAUUCCUCAUGCCCUUACUACUUUAAAGCAAGAAAUGAAAUGAAAUCACAGUUAUUGGUUUGUGAGCUCUAGAUAUAAUUAUGAAACAUAUAUUUGAAAUGUAGGUUUGGCACCAGGAUCUGUGGUGAUCACCAAGCAAUCUGUAGAUGCCACCUUCAAACCUCAGUUUGAACAGUUUGUUCUGGGAAAGCCUGUAUAUCGUAGCACAAACCUGGACGAGGGACUGGCUCAGGACUUGAUGGAGUGUGCCAAGGAACUGGAUCAAUUCAAAACAGUCUUUGGGAACACCAUGUGCACUCUGGAUUUCUAUGAAGGUAAGGCUGAAAGGGUGCAACCAUACUCAUGCGCAACAACGCAAAGGAAACGGAAGAGAAGCAAAACAUUUAAAACCUUCGCUAAACGUGUGCAUUUAAAAACAAAACGGAAUAAUAUUGAAACAAUAAAAUCAGAAUAUUUGGAUAAUUAAACCAAUAGUCCCCCACAAGUCUGACCUAGUUCACACAAGCAGAAUCUUGAUAGGUUAAAGGAACAGCUUCACCUUACAUUUUAGACUACAUGUGAGGGGAUUAUUCUCAUAGUUGAAUGCUUCCCCAUGAAAAAUAACACAUAUAACUGAUGGUGUGGCUUAAUUCUCAGAACUAUGUUCUGAUCUGCACAUUGGCCCAAGUAGGGUGGAGGGAAAUGGGAUGGUUUGGUCCCAAAUGCAGAGUGAGCCGAAAUCUUCCCCAGCCAUUCAGUAGCUCUGGUUCCAUCCAUUGGCCAAAGUUCAAGCGGUGAGCCGGGUAUAGCUGAUCAGGCAAUUCAACGGCAUGGGGUAUUAUUGUAGAGAUUUCAUUGCAUGUAUUAAAAUCUGCAUUUCAUACAUUUGUAGGCCAAGCUCGUCUUGAUGGUGCAAUCUGCUCAUACACUGAGCAAGAGAAGGCACAAUAUUUAACGGCAGCUUACGAGGCCGGAGUCAGAAAUAUUGAGAUGGAAUCUUCUGUUUUUGCAGCCAUGUGCAAUAUUAUAGGUAUCAAAGGUAAGCAGCACUUGUGUCCAGCCUUACAUAAUUCACUAGUUUCAACAGUCAAUAGUUUAUCAUGUAAUUCACAGCCACAGAGGAGUUUUAAUACUGAUCAUACAUGCUGAGUAUCUUAAUGCUUUAGUAUAAUUUUUAAUCAGUAAUUCCAGGUGCAAUUCAUAAUAGCUUAUCUAAGGCUGGAGACAGACAAUAGUUUGAAAAGUUAAGUCUGAAAAUCUUGGGCUCAGUUUUUCUUUCAAAUCUCUAAGCCUCUUGCCCUACAUUCCGAAUCCAGAAUAACAGUAUAUUUCAGAACUACUGCUGUGUCCAUUAGAAAUUCUCUUAUUUUGACCAAAACAUGCAUCACAGUUCAUGUUUGAUGUUUCCAACUGAUUUGAUGCCACUUCCAGUUUAUACUGCUUCUUUCUCUUGCUUGAUUUAUGAUUUGGCCCUUUUCUGGUCCUAAGCAGCUCAUGUGGGAUGCUUGAUAAUCUCCCGUUACCCUUAAUAUGAUCUCAGUCAAAGUUCAACAUACGUCUGCAGUGCAGAAUUUCCAUUAAUUAGCCAUGACAUGAUUAAGAAUGCUUUUAGGUUUGAAGGUGAAGAACCUUUAACUAGAUCCAAACUUCAGAACCACAGAAAGAAAGCUUUAAAGUAUCCUAUUUUAUUUUAAAUAUAAGAACAAAUCACAAGAGCUGGUUCUGUGGGGAAAAGUGAGGUAGCAGCAAAUACACCACAGCAAAGAUCUGAUGAGUUAUGUCCUGCUGACCACAGUUCCCUGAGGAACAAAAUUAUCACCCUGUGUGCACAGAGGAACUUCCUUGCUCUUCUGUUUUUUGAAGGUGGAGGUAAAACAGCCUAUGGGCUAGUUAACAAAUGCCCAAUUCCUGCUGAAGGUUUUGUUUCCAUUGUGAAUUGGCUUUAUCUGUCACUUUCCCCUAUGUUUGACUGUUUCUUUGUUUGCUGGGUUAAUUCAUCAGUUUCAGUUCAUCUUAUCCUGGGUAAAGUGUCCUUUCCCCCACAUGGUUCAUAGUGUUAUUUUCAAGUAACCUCUGUGUCUUGGUCUUGGGUUUUGUUUUAUAAACGCAGGUGCUGUGGUCUGUGUAACACUCCUGAACCGACUGGAGGGCGACCAAAUCUCCACCCCCCACGAUGUGCUGGGUGAAUACCAGAAGAGGCCACAGAUAUUGGUGGGGCACUGGAUUAAGAAACGUCUUGGGAAAAAGUGACCUUGCCAUUUUUAGUUAGCUUUAUACUGUAAAUAAAUACAAAACUCAACAUUUCUUCAUUUUUAAUUCAUGAUAAAUAACCUUGUAACUCAGGGGUGACAAGCUUUUUUGGGGCUGAGAGCACAUUUACCCCUGCUCAAGCUCCUGGGGAUCACAUUUCAACGUAGGCAUGGUUGAGGUGUGAAAGUGGACAUGUGUGUUGUUUUUUAAUGGGCAGUGUUAGAAAGCUUGGAAGGGCCAGAAAAAACCUUUUAGAAUCACAGCAAGGAAGCCAAUGAGAACAGUAAAGGGAAAAUAAUUUUAAUCAAUUAAUUUAUUGAUUAUAAAUGGGAAAAUAGCUUGGUUUUACAGAGUUCUAACCCCAGCAGAUGUUUCUUACUGGUGCGUGAGGGUAAGCUCUACUAUAAAAAUGGAUAUACAGGCAAGGACCAACUAGCGCGUGUUCAGUUUUUACCCAACUGCACACGUGUGCAUCUUGGUGACCUGGAUGUGGCCAGAAAAGGGGUCAGAAUGGGCUUGUACACGCUCCGCCGUCACGUGUGAUGAGCCAAAAUGCAACCCCCACGCAAAACAGGGGUUGCCUGUAUAAACUGAGAGCCUCUGGAGGUUUAAAAAGAAGAAGAGAAUUUUCUUUCUGUUUGGUAUGAUUUUAUUGUUUACGUUAAUAAUGCAGAACAUAACCAGUCUUCGCCAACUUCCAGCCUGUGGAUAGUACAAUAGAGCAGGAAUACACCCAGAGCUUCACAAACUAUGGUUUGCUGGAAAUGCAGCUGACCCCCCUUGCAAAAUAAGGAGUAUCCAUGUUUAUUGUGUUUGUAGAAUGUUCUUCUGAGGGACGCAUUGAGCAUCAAACCAGCCAUGGUUAAGUUGUUUAGCUAAAUAGUUGGGUUUAGAGUUGACCAUGAAAGGUCUAAUUUCCAGGACUAAUUAUCAAAGAUUUUUAUGGGAUCAGGAUGAGUCAAGAGUUGGUUGGGAGAAGUGGAGGACAUUCAACACUAUUUGUUACGAUGCCUUUUAUAUAUAUCCCCUAGACAAAAAUUCCUCGAUUGCAUCCUUUGCUCUCUUUCCAACCGACCUCCCCUUGAGCAAAUCUAUUUUGCUUGCCGGCAAUAAUGUAUUUAUUACUGCACUGGUUCCAGAAUUUGUCUUGGCUGCAAGUAAGUUGAGAGCUAGGCACCAAGACAAGUAUCAUAAGGGGGAGUGUGAGACGUGUAAUACUUCACUUAGGCAAGAGUGAUUUUUACAUUUUUGUAAGUUUGCUUUGCUGUUGCUGUUGUUCAGUUUUAAAUCAAUUAUUUGUAUUCUACGCAUUGUGACCAAUUGCGACAGCUUAUACCUUUUAGUAAUAAAGAUCCAUUCAUUCAUUGUGUUUUUAAUUUUUUUAUAGGCUUGUUGUAAUUUCUAUUAAAUUAAAUGUCUGGAAUGU